AUGUUAUCUGUAACAAAAGAUAAUGCUUACGAAACUGUUCGUCGAAUUUUGGAUACCAGUAGACCCGUGGUAAAAUGCUGGGCGGGUUCACAAUUGUUUAUAGCGACUUCAAGACCAUCAGACGUAGAAAAAAUGUUGACAAAUUUUCUAAGCAAGUCAUCUUUCUACGAGAAUAUUAACGAUGUAAUGAAAGACACCCUGCCGACAUCAAAAGUCGAUGUAUGGAAAAAACAUCGAAAAAUGAUCAGUCCCUCUUUUAAUUUAAAGAUUGUAAAUUCGUUCCAUGAUGUAUUUGUAAAAUAUUCAAAAGAAAUUGUACAGUUCUUGAAUGACGUAGAAGUUUGCGAACAAGUGAAUCUCGUUUCAGUCUUCUGGGAACAGACAUUUGAUGCUGCUUUAGGUAAAGUCGUAACAUUUAGAUGA